UUGGAGUUAAGAGUUAGGAAAAAUAGUGUUGCUAUGGAGCUUUGUGAUGGUUCAAAAUGUGACUUAAUCACAAGAUACUAUCCUACACACAUGUUUAAUCUUGUAUUAGAUUAUAUACGAGCCCAACACAUUCAUUUAUAAUAUUAACUGCAAAAAAAAAAAAAAAAGUGGGUCAAAAUUACCCGGUUCGGAGUGAAACGGAUAAAGCCCAUGGACAUGGUCCGUACCCGUAUAACAUUUCCCUCUUUUCGAAAUCCGAGCGUUGCGCGCGUUUAAGAGAGUACACCGAGCUCUGCUUCUGAGCACACAAAUCAAAAAUCUGUUUCGAAGGAGAGAGGAGAGAGAAAUGGGAAAGCGACUGAGAAGAGAGAGAUCAGUGUGCGCUCGCAUCUCUCCUCGUUCCAGAUACCUCGCUCCUCACUCCACUUUCUGCUGCUAUGAAGAAGACGUGUGGACAGCAAUAGCAAGGUUUCUGAGCGGAAGAUCUCUGGUGAUGCUUGCGUUGACCAGCAAAUGGUUCUACCGUCUCGUGAUGGAUGAGAGCAUAUGGAAGUUUGCUUGUUUGCGUGAUCUUCAAGUCCCUGAGCCUAAGCAAGUUACAUUCAAGUGGAUCUCGCUCUAUGCUUCAGCUUUUGAUGGGAGUCACUCUUACAUGUUUCGUCAGCAGGAUAAGCAUAUUGAUUGGAUGCGAAUUGGUGCAUUCUCUCUUGAUUCAUCACUGGCACUCCUGACCGAGAGUUUGAGUCCUAUGGGAAUACUAGAAGCAAAGAAUGAGGACAAGAUAUUGGAGUCUGGCACCUAUUGCGUGCUGAAGAACAUCAGAACUGGAAUCUGGAUAGCUGAUUUGCAGCUAGUUCGUUGUCCCAUCUGUGACCUAACUAACUGUGAAGGAACCAUGCAAACGUUGGAUGCAAGGCACAUCGAACUCUUCCUCAACAAGGGAUACCAGGAUGGAAAAUGGGUAUAUCAGGUUGUAGGAGCUCACGACAUCAAAGAGAAUACAGAAGCAGCUUCUGGAGCCAUUUUUGACGUCAAACACCUCAAAGAUUCCUCAACCUCAGCAAUUUUUGAUGUCAAAUCAUGGGUGGGGAAACCUGCUGAUUGGCAACCUAAGGCCAUGGUCACGGGCCAUGCAGUUGCAGUAAAUACCAAUUUACAGAAAAAUGAAGGAUUGCAUCUUAAAUACCACGUCAUGAGAGCUGGAGCUGACGGCGAAGUCGUUUCCAUCAGGAUUUCUCAGCAGCUUCUGUGACUCAUUUCCAUAUCACCCUGAAAAACAAUCUGAAGACUAACACAAAAUUAAAAUGCCUAUACGAUCUUUACAAUAUCAAAAGAACAAAAAGAUGCCUAACCGAUUUGAUUAUAAGGUGUGCUACCCUAUCACCCACAACAAAGGACAAUGCCAUUAGCAGAUUGUUAUCUUCUCCGUAAGACUCCAUUUUCGGCUCAUUCUUGGGGACUCGUGGAGCCGAGCAACCAGUGCGUGUAUCAGACAAGGUAAUCAGAUGUUGCUGUGUUGAUGUGUACAGACAAGUGCACGACAGCUUCACGCAUGCGCCUGGUCAAAUUGAAAUCUCCAGGUCAAAGGUGAGGCAUGGAGUAUCAUACAAGGUACUGAAAACAUAAUGUUGAUUGGAGAAUAACAUUUCCUGUGAGGACUCUUCUACUUCUCAUAGCAUUUCAAAGGCAUGCCCUCUGGUUUCUUUGACUGCUAAUACCGAAGUAGUAGAGCCAAUUACGGGUAUUGCGCUUAAUCAACCUAUUCUUAUCACCGACUUACUAUCCGAACACGGUGUAAGAGGCCAAUAGAUCAGUUUUGUCAAGUAAAUCCGGGCGAUUCAUUAAUGUCGCUGCCCU